AUGAAGCAACCAAACAUCAACGGCGACUUGGGUGAAACUCUGCUGAAGAAAAAAAAAAAGGGGUGGGACAUUCUGUACGAGACGGUGAUGAAUGCGUCGUCCCAUGCAAGAAUAAAGUAUGAUGAGAACGCCCUCGUGAGAAAGGAGCUGCCAGAUUUGAACAGUUCCAGUCGGUUCAUCUUCACCCUGUCGUCUACUGGGGUCAUUCCGCGUGAGGAGGUGGAAGUCACUAAGAGAAUCCUGAAGCUAUGUAACCUGCGGGACGAGUUUAUAAAACCGUUCAUUGACAUCGACACGACGUUGGUAGAAAAGAGAAGCUACUUAAAUGCCAGCGAACCGAAGGAGAACGAAGACACCAAGUCGGAUGAGCCAAUUUACAACCCCAGCAAGGUGGUUAUUUUGGAGAACUGUAACGCUUUUCUCAAUUUUGUCGAUGGGAUUUUCUUCGUUCACUGGAACCCUGAGGUGGAUGUUGGGCCGAAGAGUAAAGACCAAUGCACCGAAGCGAACAAGCUACCAGAACACGCAAACAUCAAGUCGACGGAGGAGUACCUAUCAGCCAUUCAAGAAAUAAUGGAAGCCGUGCAGGACCCCGCCUGCAAAAGUUUCUGUUAUCAAAGAUUGAAGUACCUCGAACAGAAAUUCGAUUUCCACCUUAUGUUUAAUGGGUCUCUAGAGUUACGCGAAACGGCUAACAUAAAACACAGGGACUUCUACAACAUUAGGAAGGUAGAUGCGCAUGUACACCACUCAGCCUGCAUGCAGCAGAAGGUAUUACUACGGUUCAUUAGAGAUAAGUACAAAACGGAACCUAACACCGUAGUGUAUAUGAACGAAGAUGGUAGCAAAAUGACCCUUAAAGAUAUUUUCGACCAGAAAUUGAAGAUAACGGCAUAUGAAGCAACCGUAGACACACUAGCCGUUAGCGCGCUAGGAAGCUGCUUCCAUAGGUUCGACCUCUUCAACGAUAAGUACAACCCAUUUGGACAGAAACUGUUAAGAGAAAUAUUUUUGAAAACGGAUAACUACAUCGAAGGAAGAUAUCUAGCCGAAAUUACAAAACAAGAAAUAAAAAAUUUAGAGAAAUCGAAAUAUCAACAUGUGGAGUGGCGUAUAUCUAUAUAUGGACAGAACCCAAAUGAAUGGAAAAAGCUAGCCAAAUGGGUUCUACAGAAUAAUCUGUCCAGUCCUUCUGUACGAUGGAUUAUUCAAGUGCCAAGACUUUACCAUAUAUAUAAAAAGAGGAAGCUAAUUAAUUCCUUUGCAGAUUUUCUAAGUAACAUAUUCCAACCUUGUUUUGAAGCUGUAAAAAAUCCACAACUGAACAAAGAAAUCUUUGCCUUCCUCCAGCAAGUCGUCGGUUGGGACAGCGUCGAUGAUGAGUCAGCCAUUUCGAAAUACACCUCCAGGGGUGGCGAGCUUCCUACUCCAGAUAAAUACACCAGUGAGAACAACCCCCCCUACUCCUACUACGCAUACUACAUGUACGCUAACAUAAGAACCCUCAAUGAUUUUCUGGUCAGUCGGCACCUCCGCCCCAUGGCUUUCAGACCCCACUGCGGCGAAAUCGGAAACAUAAGCCACCUAGCCACCAUGUUCCUCCUGGCAGACAGAAUAAACCACGGAAUAAAUUUGAGGAAAUCGCCCGUUUUGCUGUACCUCUACUAUUUGAAGCAGAUCGGGUUGGCCGUUUCGCCCCUCUCCAACAACGCCCUCUUUUUGCAGAUCGAGAAAAACCCGUUUAAGCGCUUCUUCAAAAUUGGCCUUAACGUGUCCCUGUCCACGGACGACCCUCUCAUGUUCCACUUCACGGACGAGCCCCUGCUGGAGGAGUACUCCGUGUGUGCGCACAUAUGGAAGCUCACCACCGUGGACUUAUGCGAAAUAGCAAGGAAUUCCGUAAUGCAGAGCGGGUACGAACCAUCCUUCAAGAAGCACUGGUUGGGCACAGACACAACUAAUGGAGUGACAAAUUUUGAAAACCACCCGGAGAAAACGAACAUACCCAACACGAGGGUGGCGUACAGGAAGAAUACCUUUGAAGAAGAGAAUGAAAACCUUUGGAGACUGGCGAAUUACACAAGUGACGCGUGA